GUAAAAUGAUUUAAUAGACAAAAACGUUAUCCAAUACUAUUAUAGUCACUCUUUGUCCCUCCCUAAAACCCUGUUGCAGGUCCCAAUCGAACUCUCCAAAAUCAGUUCUUGUUAUGAAAUUCGCACCACAAUCUGCAUAAUUCAGUAUCUAAUUAUAGAAUUCAGGAACAUGAUUUCUGGAUGUGGCUGUUUGCCUAACAAAUCUCCACUCUUCUUUCAGACAUCUCUUUCGGGUUCAUUUCCCGCAUCAGUAUGGCAGCCAAAAGUUAGGUUAAGCACCGCUAAACGGACUCCUUUAUUUCCAUGUGUAAAAUGUGAAAAAAAGGAUAAGGAAGAAGAUUCUUCUGAGAAACCAUCUUUUGAUAAACUAUCCGUUGAACGGGCCCCAUAUCAUAGUUACCGAGAUUCAUUAUCUGGGCAGGUUGAGCCGGCUUCUGGUGCUCGGGCAAGUAUUCUCGGGCAGGAUUAUCUACCCGAAGGCACAGUCGGUCAAGCUAGGGCUGCCGCUGCCCCUGGGCCAAGUGAUGCAUCAUCCGGAUCUUCAUCUUACGGCAAAAAUCCGGGAAGCAGAAGAAAAACUUAUAAGGCUACAAAUGCUGUUUCUGAGUCAACUGAAACGAAUACGGUUGUUGACCAAGUAGUGGAGGAUGAUGGCUUGUUUGAGAGAUCAGAAGAAGCGCAUGAUGAAUUUUCGGAUUUUGUGGUUUAUCAGAAGGAAAAUGAAAUGGAUGAGUUGACCGGGUAUGACCUUGACAAGAAACUUGGGCGCCCGCACCCGUUUAUUGACCCUAAAGUUCGGAAGCCGAUAAAGGAGCCGCUUACAAGUGAAGAAUUAUGGUGGAACUGGAGAAAACCAGAUAAGGAACAAUGGUCCAGGUGGCAGAGAAAGCGCCCCGAUGCAGAAACGGUGUUUCUCAAGGCCAUGGCCAAGAGUGGUCAAAUUAAGCUUUACGGUGAAGAGCCGACGUUGACCGAAACUGCACUUUACAGAGCUAGGAGGCAUUUAUACAAAGAAGAAAGGUUGCAGGCUGAACACGAUAGAUUGGAAAAAGAAGGCCCGAUAGCAUACUACUCAGAAUGGGUGAAAGCGUGGAAAAAAGAUACGUCACGUGAAGCUAUUCAAAAACAUUAUGAGGAAACUGGUGAAGAUGAAAACACACAACUUAUUGAAAUGUUUUCUUGUCAAACUGCACGUGAAUAUCGUAUAAUGAUGGGUACCGAUUAUCGUGUUUCGAGAGAUCCGUUGGCUAUGCGAAUGAAAGAGGAUCAGAUAAAACAAAUAUGGGGCGGAGAUCCGGUUUACCCAACGGUUAACUACAUUCAAGAUCCAGACCAAGUGAUUGAUUUUCGGGGUCCUGAUUUUCACGAGCCUACACCUAAUGUUUUGGCUUAUUUGCAACAGAAUGGCAAUAUAACAUCAAGGGAGGAAAUGGAUAAAAUUUUGGCCGGAGAGAAAGUUGAACAAGUAAAGGUAAAGACGCCAUUUUCUGAUGAUGAAGCUAUGGCUAAAGCUGUUGACAUUGGUGAAAAGGAGGAUAGUGAUGAUGAAGGUAAAUUUGGCGAUGAUGAAAAUAUCACACGUAAUUGGAGUGUGUUGAAAACUACUCCUGAGCUUCGCAAAUCAAAGCCCAAACCUGCAAAAGGUAAAGGUAAAAUGACUUUGGAGGAAGCCAUAGCUGACUCUGAAAAUUUGACCGAUUUCUUAUUGGACUUCGAUCAGGAUAAGUGAUACUUCGAUCAGUAUAAGUGAUAUUGGAAGCUAUAUUUACACGAAGGAGAAGACGCGAGUCGGUUGUUUUAUCUGCACUUCACCACAGAAGAUCCUAACCGUAUGUUCAAGUUUUCGUUUGGUGGAUAAUUUCAUAUGAUGAGGUAUAUUAUUAUUGCUGGUGCUGUGUUUUCUCUGUGAGCAAAUUCCAUAAAAGUAAAAAUGUAGCAGUAAUUAAUGUUACCAUGGGUGGAGAAAAUGAUGUGUUUUUCAGACAUUCUUAUGCUUGUGAACUAAAAUUUCGUAUGAAUGUUAAUGGGUUAUGUUAUAUCCUCUUUUUACAAAUUCUUA